UGUCCUGAGCCGCGCAGCUCCAGGGGGAGGUCUUUGUCCACGCCAUUCCCAACACAGCAUCGCAGCGCUCCAAGGGCAGCGCCUUGCAGCGAGGUGGGGCCUGAGCUGUGGGGGAAAGUGCUCCAACCAACAGGCUCCAGUCAGACGUGGCUUUGUUCACAGGAAUUCAUGCUGCGGUACCAGGGCCCGGCAAACUGCUGGAUUGGGCUGCACAGGGAAGAAGGGGACGAGCACUGGACAUGGCCCGAUGGCAGCGCCUUCACCAACUGGUUCCAGGUGCGAGGCGGAGGCCGAUGUGCGUACCUGAACGGGGACAGGAUCAGCUCAGCCCUGUGCCACACGGAGAAGUACUGGGUGUGCAGCAGAGCCGACAGCUACGUGCUCUGGAGGAAGGAGAUAGAUCCACAGUGACAGAUCCCAUCUGCAGCGAGCUCGUCCCAAUGCUGCUGGGCACUGCCGUGCCAUCGGUGAAACCUGCAAUCUGCCUCUUCCCAGCACUCCUGCACUUGUCUCUGCAUGGAACCACGCAGCAAGUCCUGCAGUGCUCUCAGCAAAAUGAUGAAUUGUGGAAUGCCAGAAUGGCCUGGCCUGGAAGGGUCCUUUAAGAUCACAGUGACAUGGACUGCUUGCCUUGGAGGGCUCCUUAACGAUCGCAUCAUCGUGGAAUGGUUGCCUUGGAAGGGUCAGGAUCACUCUCCCCAAGCCCUUAUCAAGCACCUGCAACAACGCACCCAGCAGUGUGAGCACAGCACGCGGCAGCGCUCCAUCCCAUGUGUGUUGCACACCUAAAGGCCCUGACUGAAGAAUGCUCCUGCCAUGGAACAAACUAUUCUGGCACUUGGAAGGGAAAUGAGAGUUGUGCCUGGAGCUGCAAGGAUCUUG